AUGGUUGACAGCAUGGACAUGGAACAGCAGGACAAGCGUUAUUGCAUCCGUAAGAAGCAUGUAGUCAUCAUCUGUUUGACAGUGGUGGUGUGCUGUUUGGCGGUGGGCCUCGGGGUGGGCCUCUCCAGGUCAGACAGUACCACCACUCCCACCACCUCCACACCAGCCCCCACAACAGCCUCCACACCGGCCCCCACAACAGCGCCUACGCAGCCCCCUCCGCCUGCCAGAGGGCCCUGUAAGGCUUCCUCUGACUCCACUGGGGACUGGAAGAACUUCCGCCUGCCCAGCUAUGUGACGCCAGUCCACUAUGACCUGCACCUCGAGCCAGACCUGGUCGAUGACACCUACACGGGCACGGUAGACAUCCACAUGGAGGUCAGCAAGCCCACUCACCAUCUAUGGCUCCACAUCAGGGAGACGUUUGUCAGCGAUGUGCCCCGGCUGAGGAUGCAGAGCGGCCAGCGGGGCCAGAGGGAGGUGGCGGUGAAGAGCUGCUUUGAGUACGUUCCUCAACAAUAUGUGGUGGUAGAGGUAACGGAGGAGCUGCCCGUCACCGGACCAGGAGAGGUGUACGUCCUCAGCCUGGACUUCCAGGGCUGGCUCAACGGCUCUGUGGUGGGAUUCUACAGGGUCAUUUAUACUGAGAACGGGGUCACCAAAAAGAUUGCUGCGACUGAUCAUGAGCCAACAGAUGCUCGCAAGUCAUUUCCCUGCUUCGAUGAACCCAACAAGAAGGCCACCUACAAAAUCUCCAUUACUCAUGAUGAUAACUAUGGAGCUCUGUCCAACAUGCCGCCCGAGGGUGCCCCUCAACAACUGCCUGGCAAUAAGGUGAAGACCUCCUUCCGGAGGUCCAUUCCAAUGAGUACCUAUUUGGUAUGCUUUGCUGUGCAUCAGUUUGACUUUGUGGAAAGAACUUCUGCCCGAGGAAUUCCCUUGAGAAUCUACGCCCAGCCAAGUCAGCUAGCAACUGCAGAGUAUGCUGCCAACACCACCAAGGUCAUUUUUGACUACUUUGAAAAAUAUUUCAACAUGACAUACUCCAUCGCAAAACUGGAUAAGAUAGCCAUUCCUGACUUUGGGACUGGUGCCAUGGAGAACUGGGGCCUCAUCACCUACCGGGAAACCAACCUGCUGUAUGACGAGAAGCAGUCGUCGUCCUACAACAAGCAGCGCGUGGCCAGUGUUAUCGCCCACGAGCUGGUUCACCAGUGGUUUGGGAACAUUGUGACCAUGGAUUGGUGGGAUGACCUCUGGCUUAAUGAGGGCUUUGCCAGUUUCUUUGAGUACAUCGGCGUGGAAAAGGCUGAACCUAGCUGGGGCAUGCGAGACAUCAUGAUCAUCAGUGAUGUGCUUCCUGUCAUGUUGGACGACGCCCUCCUCUCCUCUCACCCAAUCAUAGUGGAUGUGUCGACCCCAGCACAGAUCACCUCUGUGUUUGAUGCCAUCUCAUACAGCAAGGGAGCGUCCAUUCUCAGGAUGCUGGAAGAUUGGAUGGGUAAAGACACGUUCAGAGACGGCUGUCGAAAAUAUUUGAAAGACUAUUACUUCAAGAACGCAAAAACAGCCAACUUCUGGGAAUCUCUCGCCAAUGUGAGCAGGUUGCCGGUUGCAGACGUAAUGGACACAUGGACCAAACAAAUGGGUUAUCCUGUGCUGCACCUGUCUGUCUCAGAAAAUGCCAAACUGAGCCAAAGCCGAUUCCUGCUAGAUCCUAAAGCUGAUGCCAGCCAGCCUCCUUCACCUCUGGGGUACAAGUGGACGAUUCCAGUCAAAUGGCACUCUGUGAAAAGCGACAAAAAUAUGUUGGCGAUGUUUGACAAGAGCAGCACAGAGCAUGUCAUCACUGGCUACUUGCCCUCAGAGGACGGACUGCUGAAGGUUAACAAUGAUCAUAUCGGAUUCUACCGUGUCAACCACGAUGACCACAUGUGGAACGCUAUCAGUCAACAGCUUCAAAACAACCACUUGGAGUUUGAUGCAGCUGACCGCACCAGCUAUAUUGAUGAUGUUUUUGCUCUUGCAAGGGCAGAUGUUAUAGAUUAUGGCAAUGCCUUCAAUCUUACCAUGUAUCUGCAAAGUGAGACUGACUACAUACCAUGGGAACGCGUAGCCUCCUCUAUCGCCUAUGUCCGGAACAUGCUCUCCAACAAUGCAGAACUCUACCCAAAGUUCCAGAAACUGUUUCGUGACCAUGUUAAAAACAUCACAAACCAGCUUGGAUGGGAAGAUAAAGGAACACAGACAGAGAGGUUACUGAGGGAGAACGUGCUCAGCAUUGCCUGUCAGAUGGGAGAUCAGGAGGCUCUGGAUGCAGCCUCUCUUCUUUUUGACCAGUGGAUCUCUGGAAGUCUCAGCAGUGUAGCGGUGAACCUGAGGCUGCUGGUCUAUAGAUACGGCAUGAAGAACUCAGGCACCGAAGAAAAGUGGAACAUCAUGUUCCAGAGGUACAAAGAAACGUCUCUGGCUCAGGAGAAGGACAAGCUGCUGUAUGGACUGGCCUCUGUGGAGAAUGUAGAACUCCUCUACAGGCUGCUGGAUGCCUGUAAGGAUGAGAGUGUGGUGAGGAGUCAGGACCUGUUCACUGUGGUGCGAUAUGUGUCCUACAAUCCACUGGGGCAGGACAUGGCCUGGGACUGGACCACACUCAAUUGGGACUACUUGGUCAACAGGUACACCAUCAAUGACAGGAACCUCGGCCGUCUACUGAAUCGAAUCAGUACCAACUACAACACAGAGCUCCAGCUGUGGAAGAUGGAGCACUUCUUCAAGCUGACACCAGAUGCUGGUGCAGGGGAGAUGCCCAGGAAGCAGGCGCUGGAGACGGUGAGGAAUAACAUUGAAUGGAUCAGGAGGAAUGAGAACGAGAUCAGAGCGUGGCUGGAGAGCAACGUCGCCUAAAACAGCACCGGUGUAAAACACUGCAGGGAUA